UAGGAAAGCAGGAAGUAGGAAGAGUAACUAUAGGCGAUCCAGUCAGCUGGUAAUCUGAGCACGAGAAGCCGAAUCAUUGCUCUCCAUUGUGGAACAAGCCUCUUAUAAGGAAAGCUCGUAUAAAGCAGGUUCAGCACUGCCAUCAUGCCUUUACCUGGUCCUGGCCUUCAAUCGGAGAACACUGGAUUACGUGGAGGAAAGCAGCCUCGCUGCAAACUGGCUUUGACUUUGCCUGGUGUUGAUCGCAUAGGCACUGCUAGUCAGCCUUGCACAGAAUUUUGUGGCCCUAAAAAUAAGUUGCUAAAGUUUUCCAUGGAAAACAAAUCCACUAUGACUACUAACUCAAUUCUGACCACUGAUUCAAAUCUGUCCUCAAAACUUUUAUCAACCAGCAAUCCUCUUCUUUCCCUGUCUUCUCAAUCCCAUUUAACUAAUAAAUUGUCAACAUCCAUUUCACCUUCAGUCUUAUUAAACUCAUCUCUGAUGUCUACAAAUUUUCUGAUAUCCAACAAACCUUCAGAUUUAGAUACAGCCUUUUCUGCACUUACCUCUAAUGUUUCCCUUUCCCCUAAUUGUGCAAUAACGUCUUCCUCUUUUCUGUCUUCUGGUGGAACACCUUUGUCUACUGAAAAUCAAACCUUUAAUCGUUUAUUGUCCCAAAAAAACACAACUUUGCGAUCCUCAGUGUUUGCUGAUUCAGCAGGCGAUCAUAGCUUCUGUGUUAAUAACCAGUUUGAUAUUUCUAAUCCUUCAAAUUCAGCGAAACAGGCAGUGACCUCAGUAUCUGCUGUUUCCUCUGGUGUAGGCCUUAGCCUUAAAUCUUCUUUUGCUCCUAAAACUGAACCCCUAAACUCAGCUUCAAAUGUACAGUCUACUCUAGAGUUUGGACAAGACAAAAUUGAAGUUUUUGAGUCACAGGAAGAUGACUUGCCAGAAGAUAAUAUAUUGGUAAAUUCAUCUGAGGGAGAGUCGGAGUCUUCAGAUACAGAGUUUGUCAUGGAAAACGGUUUAUUGAAACCUACUUCAUCUGCACAGGAUAGUGAACCAUCUGCACAGGAAAAAUCUGUGGAGGAGGCAUCUGAAGCUCUCAAGAGCCAAAAAUCAGAGACUCUUCUCAAAAAAAAGAAGAUGGCUUUAAUAUCUGCAGUUUGCUGUUCAUUGGUCAAUUCACCAGCCUUCUCGGACCCCUCAGAUCUGACCAGGGUUGAAAUUCAGACCUUGUGUGAAGACAUAGCAAGAAUGGACCCAGAGUUUGUUCUGAAGAUUGCAUUGUACACUCGCCAGGAACUCAAUAUUCGUAGCACUGCAAACUUCCUGCUAGCUGUGGCUGCAUUCCUGCCAGCCUGUCGCCCACACCUGCGCAGGUAUUUUUCCCCUUCUGUUCAGCUUCCAAGUGAUUGGAUGGAAGUACCACGAUUGUAUCAGAGUCUGUCAGGAAAGGGAGAUAACCUGGCUUCCCUGCCACAUUGUCUCCGCCGAGCUCUUGCACUCAAGUUCAAAGAAUUUAGUGAAUUUCAGCUGGCAAAAUACAAUACACGUGUACAAAGAGGGAAGCGUGAUGCCAAGAAAAAGAAAGAGAAAGAAGUCAAAGUUUCUAAAGUCUUGAAAUUUGGUAGAAAAUUAAGAGCGGUGGAGUCUUCCUUAAAGCUUCUCCAGAAACAGCCCGAUCAGGCAGAUUCUGCUUCUAAUGAGAAGAAAAAGAAAAAAGAUAAAUUCUCUUUGAAGAGUUUAAUUCAGAGAUUACAUAUAUCUAAGCCAGCUUAUCAUGUCAUGAGCCUGCUCGGUUGCAGGUAUCCUAAAGACUUGACAUCCUUCUCACGUAGUGGUAUUGAGGGUCCCUGGCAGUCACAUUUGUCAGGGCAAAGAAUGAAGCUUAAACAGCCGGAGACCUGGGAAAGAGAACUGAGCCAGAAAGGCAACAGUGGCCCUGUAUGGGAGAGUCUGCUAGACAACCGUAAAGUCCCGUUCAUGGCUUUAUUGAGGAAUCUAAGAAAUAUGAUAAAAGCAGGUAUUAGUAAGAAGCAUCAUACGGCAGUGAAUGCACGGCUAACCAAUCAGCACGCUGUGAUCCAAAGCCGCCUUUUCCCAUUCCGUUUCCUUUCUGCAUACAAAGUCAUUCAAGAUCUGGAGCGUCAAAUUGAAAGAGCAGGAGAACCAUUCCCCUCCAAUGCUGACCUUCUCCGACGUAUAUUUCGCCGGGAAGGAAAGAAUAUUCCGGCGAUUGCACGCAACCGUUUCCAACGGCAUGAACUCCGAGCAUGUUUGGCUGUUCCCGUUGUUCAUCAACUGCUAAGAAGAGAGAAAGAGGCAAUCAGAAAAGCCAGAAUGAUAACGUUUGAUGAGGAUAUCCUUCAGAGCUAUAAGAAAUCACUGGAGGAAUCUAUUCGGAUAUCAGCCGUUUACAACAUCCCUCCCAUUCCUGGGCGUACUGUCAUCCUGAUGCAUGUUGGUAAUAGCAUGUAUCUACCAUGCCAUGGAGCAAAAGAACUAGCUGUUUCCACAACUGCAGAUGCCUUUAGAAGUUCACCAUCACUUAUGGAUGUGGGUUUGCUGUUGAGUCUUAUGGUGAAAGAAACAGCAGAAAGCGCUCAACUUGUCUUAUGCAGCGAUUAUGAUUAUACUUUGGUGGAACACUCCAGUAGUCCUCUUCUUCAGCGUCUGGAAGAGAUCAAGGAACAAAGAACAACGGCAGAGUGCCCAAUCCUACCCUAUGAAGAGAGAGAUCCUCAAGCAGAGUACCUGUUGGAGCUUCUCAAAAAACAAACAAAGGUGGAUAAUAUCCUGGUUUUCACAGACAGUCCACCUAGUGAAGAGUUCCAAACCGUGUUGAAGCAGUACCGGCGGGCUGUGAAUAUGGAAUGCCUCUGUGUGACAGUACUGCCCCAUGGCUUUAAGAGUGAGGGCUCCAUUGAGCAGUGCAAAGACGUGACACUAUGUGGCUUCACCGAACAGGUGUUGAAGUAUGUGUCAGAGAGGGGUACUGACCGACUCCUGGAUCAUGUUGAGAAGGUAAAUGAAAGGUUCAAGGUUCCAGAAGACCCAGACAAGGUCAAGAAGAGUCAAUCAUCUCAGGGUCUGCUCACAACAAUUCCAAAACAAAGGUGGCGCAGUGUUCGGGUUUUCAUUUCCUCCACGUUUCGUGAUAUGCACUCAGAAAGAGACAUUUUAAUUGGGCAGGUGAUGCCGCAGCUGCGUCUCCGGGCUGCUUCUCACUUCCUGUCCCUGGAGGAAGUUGAUUUGCGCUGGGGAAUUACAGAAGAGGAAACAAAGAAAGACAGGCAGUUGUCUCUGUGCCUUUCUGAAGUUGUUCGGAGUCAAAUCUUUAUUGGCAUCCUAGGAGAGAGAUAUGGAUAUACUCCAAAAACAUAUUCAGUGCCUCACCUUCCUGAGUAUGAAUGGGUCCAUACAUAUCCAGCUGGGCGAUCUGUCACAGAGUUGGAAGCCAUGCAGUUUUUGCAGGGUUGUAACACCCAGAAGCAUAGACACCCAAAGGCCUUAUUCUACUUCAGGAAUCCAGAUGUUCUCGGGUCUGUUCCUAGUCAUUGGCUCCCAGACUUUGCUGCAGAGUCUCAAGAAGCUGCCAAGCAUGUGAAGAACUUGAAGAACAAAGUAGCCAAACACCGAGCUGUCAGCAGCUACUUAUACUCUUGCCAGUGGGGAGGAGAACAUAAUGAGAAACCACACAUAACUGCAUUAGAAGAUUUUGCAUCUAGAGUAUUAGAAGAUAUCUGGCAAGUGAUUGAGAGAGACUUUAUCAAGGAGUCGAAUGCAUUUGAAGACGAAGAACAGCUGGCACAGGAGGGUUUCCAGGAGUGGCAUGAGCAACGUUCCUUUGCUAGAAGCAAAUUGGUAACAAAUGUAUGUGCAGAGAUCCUGGAGAAGAGGCGUACAUCCUCAACAAAUGGACAGUUGUUCCUGGUGGUUGGGGAGCCAAGCCAAGGGAAGACUGUCUUCAUGGCUGACCUUGUGAAGGAACUGAGUCUAGCAGCUUCAUCUUCAGUGAUUUAUUAUUUUACGGAGGCAACCACAAGGGCAACAGAAGCAGAGUCUAUGCUAAACAGUGUCUGCAAGCAACUGAACCAGAGACUGCAGAGAAGGAGCAGUAACCCCACAUCAUACAGGUCCCAUCUUGCUGAGUUCCAAGCUCUCCUUCAGUUAACAUCUCGCUCACUGAAGCGGAGUGACACAUUGAUCUUAUUAAUUGAUGGGGCGGAUGUGCUGUGUGGACAUGCAGGUGAAUUUACAUCUGAUUGGAUCCCUGACCUCCUUCCUCAGAAAGUGAAUUUAGUUCUCAGUGUGACAGAAGGCUCCUCUCUCUGCUCUUCCUUGAGGAAGCGAAAGGACACCAUACCAAUUACUCUAGGAAGGCUGGAACCAAGUGAGCGGGCUGAACUGGUGAGAGGGAAACUAGCUUUGUAUGGUAAAAAGCUGGAAGAGUCUGCUUUCAAUAAUCAGUUGCGCCUCCUGAUGAUCAAGAAGGGAACACGUGAUCCUCUGUAUCUAACCAUGGCCUGCGAGGAACUACGAAUGAGUGCAGUCUUCGAGAAGCUGUCUGAUGACAUACAGAAGUUGCCAGCAACCCUUCCACCUCUUAUUCAGAAGAGACUUGAAAUGCUGGAAGAAGAACAUGGAGCUAACAAUGUUGGCAUUGCUUUGACAGCCAUCUGCAUCUCCCGAAAAGGACUUUGGGAGAGAGAUCUGCUAAGGAUUCUGAGCUCUAUGCAGCAAAUAAACUCUGUGUACACAGCAAGUUGGGAUGAAAUGCUAAGCGCAGCCAUUAAUGCAAACAAUAUUCCUAUGGCCACAUUCUCUCUGCUUCUCACAGGGCUGAAAAGUGUUCUUGGGUUGUGGAAUCGUAACAUGACUAGUGAGCCAAGGCUGCAUCUCUCUAGUUGUCUGUUGCGGGAAGCUGUUGAGAAGCGUUACUUUGGAAAAUCUGAUGUUGUCCACACUGUACAUCUUCUUAUAGCUGCUCAUUUUUGGGCGGUUUCUUCUCCUGAAGACCCUGAAUCUUCACCUGCACUUCAUGCUGAAUGUCUGAGUGAGCUGUCCCAUCAUCUGCUAUGUGGCAGGCAGUUCCAUACUAUGGGUAAGCUCCUCAUAUCGAUUCCUUUCCUGAAGGCACAUGCUGUCCUAGGACUCUUGUCUCACCUGUGCCAAGUUUACAGUAGAUAUGAAACUGCCAUAUCAGAGGAGACGUCCUCCCUCUCAGCUGCUCAGGAUGAGAUGGAAACGAAUGAAAUUUCAGAGCCACCUGUAAGGGAAUUCAAGGAGUUUAUUGAGCGAUCCUUGUAUAUUCUUACCCAGAAUCCUUCACUGUUUUAUCAGUUGGCUUUGAACGAGCCUGAUACAUCACCAGUGUGCAUUCAAGCACAAGAGAUUUUGGCUGACUUCAAGAGCCCUGCAUCUGAGCUCAUCACAGCAUGGAACAAUAAACCCAACUCCACCAAUGUCUGUUCCAGUAAAUCGUUGGAUGUUCCUUCUACUCCGGGUUGUGUUGGCCUGAGUGCAAACGGAGACAUGGCAGUGCUGGGCACCAGUAAUGGUUCACUUCACAUCCUGUAUACAAAUAGUGGCGAGGAAGUCAGAACACUGUACAGUGGCUGUGACGGAGUAUCUACCUGUACGUUCAUUUCUGAAGCAUUACUCUGUAUUGGCUCCUAUGAUGGAAUAAUGGAGAUCUGGAAUAUAACAGAUGGCUGUCGUUUACACAGAAUUGAAGCACAUAGGCGACAGGUCACAGGAUGCUGUAUCAGUGCAGAUCACAAACAGCUAAUCACCUGCUCUCUAGACUGUCAGCUGAAGUCAUGGGAUACCAGCCGCUAUUCAUUGUUAAGUUCUACCACUUUCUCCAGCCCCCUUAACUGUACUGCGUUUCACCCCAGAGGUCAUGAAGUAGCAGUUGGUUCCUGGGAUGGGAAAAUAUCUGUGGUGCGAUUGGAAAACUGGAAAAGGAGUGCAGUUAUGCAAGGUUCCUCUUCAGUAAGAACGGUGUCCUUCUCCAUGGAAGGCAGUGUUGUUGUCUCUGGUUACCUUGAUGGCUGGGUGUCACUUUGGUCAUGGGAAACACAAGUUGAAUUGUCUAGAUUUAGAGCUCACAGUGGCUCAGCUCUGACUGCUAACUUUCUGCAUCAUGGGGAAUACCUUCUAACUGGAGGAGAGGAUGGCAAGGUACAGGUAUCAUCUGGAGGUCUUGGAAGAUUCCAUGGACGUGCCUGUGUAAAUAAUGCACAGUCUCCAGUGCUUUCUCUAGCCCUGUCCCCCAACAGAGAACUGCUGGCUGUUGGAUAUCAUUCUGAUUCUGUUGGUGUCUACAGUGUGGCUACUGGGGAUCUUUUGACACAGUGCAUGUUUUCAGAUGUGGCUGUGAGCAGCCUGGUGUGGCUUUCUGACAGUGUUUUAGUGAGUGGCAGCUCGGACAGCUUGGUUCGUGUGUGGAAUGUGUUCCCAGGGCCGAGUGCUUGUCGGCUCACACUCCUUGGACACCAGCGUUCUAUUUUGGGCCUGGCUCUCUCCUCCAAGCUUCUGGCUUCAGCAUCAGAGGAUGUUUCAGUGUGUCUCUGGUCAGUGGAAAGUCUCUUGGCAUCUGAUCCCACAGUCUCUCCUGUGUCUGUUCUUCGUGGUCACACUGCAGCAAUCACUUGCUGUUCUUUCAGCCCAGAUGGAAGACUGCUGGUUACUGGGGGGCAAGAUCGGUCUGUGCUUUGUUGGGAUGUGUCGGUGGACCCACCUAUCCUUUCACGCUCGCUUCUAUCAUGUCACAAGGACUGGGUGACUGGCUGUUCCUGGACGGACAGUGGUAUGCUGAUCUCAGGUUCUGGAGAUGGAUCUCUGUGUCUGUGGGACAUUCAGCAGGGAAAGCAGAUUCUAACAUUUGCUGGACAUCAGAGUGCAGUCAGUAGUGUUGCUUGCAUGGGGGAACGUGUCAUCUCCACCAGUAGGGAUGGCUACCUAAAAGUAUGGAGUCUUACUGGCCUUGAGGUUGCAAAUAUUCGUACUGACCAUAACCAGAUAACUCAGAGUGCAGCCUACUGGGAGCCAAAAGAUAGUCGCGCUGAUGCUGAUAUCGUGGUUUGUACAGCUGGGUCUGAUGGCACAGUUUUAAAAUGGAGUCCUCUACAGAUGGAGCAAAUACAGACAUUGUAUGGUCAUGGAGGCGCAGUGAUGACAUCUGCAACAAAUUCCAGACAUGAGGUUUCAGUUACCGCUGCCCAUGAUGGUUCAGUUCGGCUUUGGGGAAAGCCAUGCAGGGAUGAAGGUCUUAAAGGAAUCCGUCACAAGGGUGCAGUGUCUGCCAUUACAUGGUCUCCAGAUGGGGAGCUGGUGGUAUCAGCUGGAGAGUUUGGGGAUCUGAUCGUAUGGAAAGAACAGAAAGCUGUUCUCAAUCUGCAGUGUGGAGAGCUUUGUAUUUCCUCAGUGGUAUUUACUACACAACGUUCAUUCUGCAUUAUCUCCAAUGAUCUGACCAUUUCUCGUUGGCUCCUGUUUCCUUGUAAAGGUGGUGGCUUAAGAGCAAAGAAGGCUUACAGUGUGGAGAUUGAGUCCCUGGUGCUGUCUGCAAUUUUCAAUGGCUCACAAAAGGUGCAGCUUCACACAUUGUCAGGGAAAGUGUUCCUCAUGGAGCCUAAAACGGGAUCAAUGCAAGAUAUCCAUGCUGUUCAUGCGUUGUUGCCAGAUCCUAAUUUCAAACCUCCAGAUGAGGAGCUAAACCCUGGUUGUAUUAUUACCGCAUCACAGAGAGAUUUUGGUGUGUCUGACUCUACUGGAGCCUUGUGGCUUCAAAGCCCACGACAGUCAAGCCAAAAAUCAUCAUCUGGGAAAUGGGAGCAAAAACAGAUCCAUUCAGCUUCUAUUUCCUGUUUGAACAUGAUGAAUGAUUUGGUGAUUACGGCAUCCACCGAUCGCAGUGUCAAGAUUUGGAGAUGUAACCCCUUCAGACAAGUGGGAAUAUUCAAUUGUGAAGGAUCGGUCACCUGCCUGUCCCCUUGUCCUGUAGCUCAGUGUGAUACUCCAUCAGUAGCAUGUCGCAUUGCCUGUGGGGAUCAGUAUGGAAAUAUGUACUUGCUGACUUCUUUGCAAGUUUAGAAACACAAUAUACCUAUAUAAUAGUUCUUCACGUGUACGAUUUGAAAAACUUAAAAGAAUAAAAAUAAAAGUCUUCAAGCA